AUGAUGACAUCUCCAAACUUUGUCUUCUAUCUGACGUGUUUGUUUUGGGGGAAAAUGGCUCAUAUGACUGAUCUGAAAUGGUCCUCAUCUGUUCGUCAAGAAAGACGUUUUGUAUCAGCUAAUGCCGGAGACACGGUGACUUUGCAAUGUUUCUAUGAAGGUGAUAAAUCAGCAUGGCUUUACUGGUACAAACAAACUCUGGGACAGAAACUGAUGCUCAUCCUGUCAAAGUAUGCAUACGAUACAAAAAUCUCUUUUUCUAAUGAAUUCAAGAACAAUCCACACUUCAGCGCAAACAGUGAAAACAGUGUAAAUAACUUGACAAUUUCUGAUUUGCAAAUAUCAGACUCAGCUACUUAUUUCUGUGCAACUGGCUCUACGUUUAAUUUUAAAUUUGCAGAAGGGACUAUUAUCCAUGUAAAGGGUUCAGGUUUGAAUGUUUCAGCUUUUAUCCGUCAGUCAGCUUCUGAGACCGUCCAGCCAGGAGGCUCUGUGACUCUGAACUGUACAGUCCACACUGGGACCUGUGAGGGAGAACACAGUGUUUACUGGUUCAAGAACUCUGAGAAAUCUUAUCCAGGACUCAUUUACACACAUGGAGGCAGGAAUGAUCAGUGUGAGAGGAACACACAGACACAAACCUGUGUCUACAACCUGCCAAUGAAGAGCCUGAAUCUGUCUCAUGCUGGGACCUACUACUGUGCUGUUGCAUCAUGUGGACACAUACUGUUUGGAAACGGGACCAAGCUGGACUUUAAGGAGGAGGUGCAUCCUUUAUUCUUGGUGUAUUUCCUGAGUGGAGCUUUGACUUUAACCACCAUCCUGGUUGUGUUACUGGCUCUCUCAUUGUACAAGAUGACCAAGAGAAACAGCUGCCAAUGUACAGAUUCUCAAGACAGAUUCACAGCUCCCUCCACUACAAAUGCAGAGAGUUACAGAAAUGGAGACGACCUCCAUUAUGCUGCUUUGAGUGUAAACCUGCCCAACAGAUCCAGAAGACAGAGGAGCAACACCAAUGAUGAAUGUGUUUACUCUGGUGUGAAGCAGUAGAACUGGACAUGUAACAUCUCUGUAUUUUAAAUACUGGAUUUUGUCGUAUAUCAAGUGUGAUGUAGAUUAAAUUGUAGAAUUUCGUCACAUUUAUGCCAAAUCCCAACAUUCAGCUUGAUGCAGAAAGAAGUGUGGCCUUAUAUAGUAGGGUGAGAUUUGUUUUCAUUUUUUAUACUGUGAUAUUAAUUGUUUUUUUAAUGUAUUGGUUUAAUGUUUUGAUGUAAUUAUAGAGCUUCUGCACAACCCAUUUACCCUUGGGUACGAAUAAAAGAAAACUUAUAUUAUGGUGUAUGAGUUGGGGUGGUGAUUGCUUGUCGUGCAUCAGAUUUUCAUGCAUGAGUUUUUUAAUCUGACCUGUACGUCCCAAUGUCCACAAAGAAAGCAUGUG